CAACUUUCACGCAUCACAACUUCUUCAGCGCUGCACGCUGCUUUUACGCAUCGAUACUUUGCGCUCUGUGAAGAUGCGUUGCGCACUUUCCAAACUGCACAUGCUGCGCUCUUCUGUCCUUGCGCUGUGGAUCGCGGCUCUCCAGGGAUUCAGACCUGCGGAUGCUGCCCCUAACCCCUCUCCCCUCCUGGGCUCCAAUUGGGGGAACCCGCGGAGGUACAUCCACCUUCAGACCACUUCGGACUUAAACAACUUCUAUUUAGAGAUCAGCCUGAAUGGACACGUGCGCAAAACUACAAACCGGGGGUCCUACAGUGUCAUUUUAUUGAAAUCAGAGAGCAGAGACCGUCUGGCAAUAUUUGGAGUGAAAAGUAACCGAUUUUUGUGCAUGGAUGCAGGAGGAACUCUUUUCACUUCUACGGUUUGUAAUAAGGAAGACUGUCUUUUUCACCACAAACUUUUGGAAAACCAUCGUGACGUGUAUUACUCCACUAAGCAUGGCAUACUGCUUAACCUGGAUGGGGUGAAACAGGUGUUCAUAGCAGGACAAAACCUCCCCCAGUCGUCUCUCUUUUUAUCCGAGAAGAACAGUGUUCCACUGGAGCGCCUGCAGCACCGGGAGAGGAGGAACCGGCAGGUGAACCCAUCAGACCCGCUGAACGCGCUCCGGAACGGAGAGGCGUCGGACUCCAGAGCUGCUCAGGAGGACGAUGGGGACUUGGACUUUGAGCCGUCAGAGGGUCUAAACAUCUCCAGGGAAAACCUGGUUUCCCCUUCCGAUGAUGACCCGUGGGAUCUUCUUCACGACACGAGCCCCGACAGUCCCCGGAUUUCAGCAGUUGUCGGAUAAAGUUACAGAUCCUCCGUGGCUUGACUGUUGAACCACUGCUUUGCGCAAAGCCGACGCGCCAGCGUUUUCAUCAUAAAUAAGUGUUUUUAAGGACAUAUAUAUUUCAAAUCAAUUUCACGUGUGCAUUCUUAAAAAUAAAGGUUCCAAAAUAGGCUAAAGGUUUUUUUUUUUUUUUUUUUUUCCCAAAUAAAAGUUAUUAAAAGAACAUUUCUAAGCGUGAAGAACCUCUACUAUAAAAGAACCUUUGUUCCUCCAUGGAAACUUGUUGGAACCAUCAGUGCCAAUGAGGAGCCUUUAGUAGCUAUUUCUGGAGAUCUACAGGUUAUUUAGGCUGUUUUGUCUCUGCAUCUCACCAAACCUGAACAACCAAAACCGUUUUUUCAUCAUCAUGAAUUUGUCUUUGGUGCUGGACACCACCUGUGGAAAACAGCCAAUGUAUUUAUUUAUUUAAUAAUUACA